GAAAUUGGCAUCUUCUAAAUUAAAUAAAAUUUUAAAAAUACAUAUUCCAAAUAAAAACACAUUAAAAGGCAUAAAAGUCAAAAAUAAAUAAAAUUUAAUCAAGAGGAGGAGAAAUCGAAGACGAAAUCCUGGUUACAUUAGUAGCGAACACGAUGUAAAGCUGAAGCAAAACACCAAGUUGCAAACAUCGAUUGCGAUAUAAUAAUUAUUUCUUCAAUCCAAACAAUCUUAUAUAUGAUAUGAUUGAAGAGAAGAGUAGGUAUUUUCUUUUACCAUUUACAUAAAUAAAUUGGUUCUGGAGUGGAUCAAAGCUCUCCGAUCCGAUGCCGGCAAAGCUCGUCCCUCUGGCCGUAGUAAUGGUGCCGCUGGCAGCGCAGGGCCACCUGAACCAGCUCCUCCACCUCUCCCGUCUCAUCGCGGCCCGCGGCAUCCCCGUCCACUACGUGGCGGCGGAGGCUCACAUCCGGCAGGCCCGGAGCCGCGUCCACGGGUGGGACCCGUCCUCGGCGGCCGCCAUCCACUUCCACGACCUCCCCACUCCGGCCUUCAGCAACCCGGCUCCCGACCCGAACGCCGCCAGCAAGUUCCCCGCCCAGCUCAUCCCCUCCCUGGUCUCGUCCAUGCACCUCCGGCAGCCCGUGGUGGAGCUGGUACGGGAACUCGCAGCGUCUGCUUUAAAGCUGGCCGUGGUGUACGACUCCACCCUCCCCUACGUGGUGCAAGACGUGCCGGCCAUCCCCAACGCCAAGGCCUACUGCUUCCACAGCAUAGCCGCUUUUUCAGUGUAUUCCUUCGCUUGGGAGUACGCAGGCAAACCGUCGCUAACAGAGGAAGCGUCAAUCUUCGAGAAUGUUCCAUCUGCCGACGGAUGCUUUCCGCCGGAAUUCGCGGAGGUUAUGCAAUUUCAACACAACCUUCCGAAAAUCAGCUCCGGCGACAUCUACAACACGUCGCGGGUGAUUGAAGGCGCCUACAUUGAUCUUCUAGCCAAGGAGAAGCCUACAGGAACUGGGGAAAUCUGGGCCGUUGGUCCGUUCAAUCCUGUUGAGAGAAAGCAAUCUGAUGAGUUAUGCUUGAAGUGGCUGGACAAAUACAGCUUGAAUUCAGUGAUUCUUGUUUCUUUUGGAAGCACGUGCUCUUUGUCGGACGAACAAAUCACCGAGAUUGCUGUGGGAUUAGAAAAAAGUGGGCAGAAUUUUAUAUGGGUGAUUAGAGAGGCCGACAGAGGUAAUGUCUUCCAAGGAGAAGCUAGAAGAGCUCCCCUGCCGGAAAUGUAUCAAGAGAGGGUACAGGGGAGGGGGCUAAUUUUGCGAGACUGGGCCCCGCAGCUAGAGAUUUUGGGGCACGUGGCAACGGGUGGGUUUCUGACGCACUGUGGGUGGAAUUCGUGCAUGGAGAGCAUCAGCAUGGGCGUUCCCGUGGUGGCGUGGCCGAUGCACUCGGACCAGCCGAGGAACGCUGUGUUAAUGACCAAGGUGCUUGGGAUAGGCGUGGAGGUCGCGGAGUGGGCCCGUGGGGAAGGGAUCAUCCCGUCGGCCGCGGUGGAGACCGCCGUGAGACGGUUGAUGGCGUCAGAGGAAGGGGAGGGGAUUAGGAACAGGGCUGCGGAAUUGGGGGAUGCUGUCACGAAAUCUGUGCUUCAAGGAGGGGUUUCUACCAAGGAAAUGGACUCAUUCAUUACCCACAUUAGUAAAUGAGAUUUCUUCACAACCAUAUUUCGCUGUUAUAUUGUAUUUUGGUUUGUUAUGGUCUGGUACAGUAUCUGUGCCAUGUAUGGAAAAUAUCUGUGAGGUGCACGGACGAUGACGAGACUUGAAUGUAUUUCACUAGAAUUUUAUUGAUGCAAAUUAAUUAUGGUUUGGUGUUUUCCA